CUGCCAUUGGCGUCCUCAGCUGUCAAUCACCAGGUGAUCCCCUGCCGGCACCCAGCGAUUGCCAAGCAUCACAGACGGGAGAGAGACCUGUAUGUAAACAAUACAAAUCUCUCCCCUGUCAUCUCCUGCACAAUGCUUUGUAUUGUUCUGCAUAGCAGAGUAAUACAAACGCACACACACAUAGCACACUGUAAAACAGCACACAGUUAACCCUUUGAUCACCCCAGAUUUUAACCCCUUCCUGUCCAGUGUCAUUAGUACAGUGUCAGUGCUUUUUAUUAGCACUGAUCACUGCAUUAGUGUCACUGGGGAUGUCAGUGACAGUUAGUCAGUCCCAGUCCCUUCCCACCACCCCCAGUGUCAGAAUGCCUGCCUCAGUCUCGCAGUCCCGCUAUAAGUCACUGA